AUGAGCGCUUCACCCUCAGGCCAGCCAAAUGGGGCAACUCCUAAGAAUGAACAGCCCCAAUUUAUAAGAAGACACCGAGCAACAGAUCCAUUGCGCCCACGAAAGAGGCCUCUCAAACGACCAUUGCCCUCGCAGAUUGGCACUACAACAAAGUUUCCCGUUGCCGAAGCUACGCCUCUCUAUCCUGUCAACGGUCUAGCCCCUCCAAGAGAAACAACCUCAAUUCAAAAUCAGGCGCAGGCACUAGAGGCUAAUGGAGGGUGGACAACCAUACCUAGGGGUGAUUUUACCGACUAUCCCUUAGUGACCACCAAAAAAGCACUACGAGAAGGACUACGUUACCAUAUUGCCAAAUUUUCUGGAAAAAAAGAAGUUGACCCUCAGAAUCAAAAUGAGUUUGUUCGGCCUGUUGUCCUACAUCGUCGAGAUCCACAGCAACCAUCUGGUAAGGAAUCGAAAGAUAUGGAAGCAGGCCUAGACCAACCAAUCGAUUCAAAAGAGCUAGAAAAGCAAGAAAUUGCAAGAGCUCAAAAAGAGAAACAGAGAGCUAUCGACAUGGCGCAAAUCGCACCAGCCGGCAACAACCCAUCUGCACUCGCUUCUAAAAAGGUCAUGCAUGGUAGGAACGAAAAGACGACACAGGUGUAUCGUUUAGAUAAGACUGAAGAAGAGAAGAAAGCCUCUGACUUGAGAUAUGAAGAAGCCCUUCCUUGGCAUAUUGAAGAUGCAGAAAACAAAAAUACCUGGGUGGGAAAUUAUGAAGCAGCACUGUCGGAUAUUAACGUAGCGUUCGUUAUAAAAGAUGGGGUUUUUAAAAUGAUUCCAUUGGAGAAAUGGUAUAAAUUCACAUCUAAGGGACAAUUUAAGGCAUAUACAAUCGAUGAAGCUGAGGCAAAGAUGAGUAAAAAAGUUAAGGAAUCCCGAUGGGUUAUGAAAAGUAAUGAGCAAAAAGAAGCCGAUCGCGUCAAUCAAGAAAGUCGUAAGGCAAUGGCCAGACUAUAUACCGUCAAAUCAGAAAGCUCAACAUUUAAAAAUUCUGGAAAACGGGAAACAGAAGAUAUGGACGAAAUAGACUUUGAUGGAGGUGAGCUUUUUCAGGACGAUGACGAAUUAGCGACAGUUGAGCCAGAUAAAGAUGAAGAAACCAAGGAAGCUCAAGAGAGGAUUAAGAAAGAACAACUAGGCGCAAAUGUCUUUGACCAGGCAAAUGAAGCCGAAGUAGACAAAGAAUUCAUCGAAGAGGAAAAGGAAGCUGAGGUUCGGAAAAAAUUUGGGAAGGAUGUCAAAAAGGCUUUGAAAAAGCGGGAGAGAAAUUAUAUAUAUGAUAGCGACUCAGAUCACCCUUAUUCAGACGCGAGCGAAGACGACACCUCAGACGAGGAGAAAGUGAAAGAGAUUGACAGAAGGCUAGAGGAGGAAAACAAGAGCAAGACUAAGACUGAACAAAAAGUCACCAGUGGUGCUCCGAAGGGAACGAACCCGGUUCUUGGUGCUGCAAAAAAUUCAGAUCCAUCUAAAAAACAAAAUUCCCGAAAGAGACACGGAUCCCCUAAUCUCUCCGAAUCAAGUGGAAAUGAGUCUAGCAGGAAGAAACCAAAGAAAAAGAACCAUACGCAGCCUCACGGAUCUUCUGUUACAAGUUCUGGAUCUCGACAGCCUAAUUCGAAUCCUACAAGUGAUUGUGAGGUAGCGGGAGAGAUGUCCGACGAAGGAAAAAGAAGACAGAAGUUGAAGAUAUCAAUGGCUAGUGGCAUGUCAUCAGGCUCAAGACAAGCCAGUCCGGGACUACCAGUCACUCAUCCUACAGCAGCAAACUCAGGGCCAAUCACUACCGAAGAGGUGAUUGCAGCGCUUCCUGUCGCAGGUAUCAGUAUUGGUAACUUAAUGAAGUCAUUUGGUGGAAGGGUAGGAGAGGAUCCAGUUAAUCAGACUAAAAAGGCGGAUUUCAUCAAGUUAGUGAGGGAGAAUGCAAAAUUUGGACCCGAUAAAUUAUUAAGACCCAAGUAA